CCUUGGUAUAUCUUCAGCUUCCUUAGAGCAGAGUCACUGUCCCCAGGAGAUCAGAACUUAGAACCAACUUAGGCAAGGACGGCAGCUGGAGGAUCAUCCAGGUAAGGACAAGAUGGUGACCAAUGCCUCUCUCCCCAUGAACGAGUCUGCAGGGACUCUGACUGCACCUGCCGGCUAUAUUGUCCUGGACGUCUUCUCUUAUGCAGUACUGGCCGUCACCUUUGUCCUGGGUGUGCUGGGCAAUGGGUUGGUGAUCUGGGUGGCUGGAUUCCGCAUGAAGCGCACAGUCACCACCAUCUGUUACCUGAACCUGGCCUUAGCUGACUUCUCUUUCUCUAUGACUUUGCCUUUCCUCAUGGUCCAGCAGGCCUGGGGAGGAAACUGGCCUUUGGGUUGGUUCAUGUGCAAGUUCAUUUUUACCAUAGUGGACAUUAACCUGUUUGGAAGUGUCUUCCUGAUUGCUCUGAUCGCUCUGGACCGCUGUAUUUGUGUCCUGCAUCCGGUGUGGGCCCAGAACCACCGCACUGUGAGUCUGGCCAAGAAGGUCAUCAUAGUGCUGUGGAUAUGUGCCCUGCUCCUUACCUUGCCAGUUAUCAUUCGUGUGACUACAGUGAUCUGUUCACCUGGGAAAACAGCCUGCACCUUUGACUUCGCACCCUGGACCACAGACCCUGAAGAGAACAUGAAAGUGAACAUCUCCAUGCAGACUGUGCGAGGGAUCAUCCGGUUCAUUAUUGGCUUCAGCCUGCCCAUGUCCACUGUUGCCAUCUGCUAUGGUCUGAUUGCCACGAAAAUGUACAGGCAAGGCCUGAUCCAAUCCAGCCGUCCCUUACGGGUUCUCUCUUUUAUCGUCAUUGCCUUUUUUCUCUGCUGGUGUCCUUUUCAGGUGGUGGCUCUCAUAGCCACCAUCAGAAUCCGAGACUUCUUGAGUGGGAUGAGUGGACACCUUAGAACUGCAGUGAAAGUAACAAUUUCCGUGGCCUUCUUCAACAGCUGUCUCAACCCGAUGCUCUAUGUCUUCAUGGGCAGGGACUUCCGAGAGAGACUGAUCCGCUCCCUGCCCGCCAGUCUGGAGAGGGCCCUGACCGAGGACUCCACCCCGACCAGUGACACAACAACCAAUUCCCCUGCACCUCCUGCAGAGGUCCAGUUAUAGGAGAUGUGAGGAGGAGGCUGGGAAUGCUUUUGUGGCUCCAGAUCCCCCUCUCACGCAGGGUGACCCACUGAUUAGGGACAAUUCCUGGUGUCCCCUGCUUUGAAGUGAAGAAAUAAACA